CCAAAAAUUAUCCAAGCCCACCCUCCACCUGCCUCCCUCCCUCCCUCCCUCACUCCUUCCUCCCCAGCUUAAUCCCCAUCACCACCCGACCAACCAAAUAAAGAAAACAAUGUUUUGAAAAAAAUACACUCCAAAAGUAUCCAGCUUUCGUUUCAAGGAUGAUAAAUCUCUUGUCGGCCCACUCCCCCACCCCAACCUUCUUCUCUUUUCCCCCUUCCUCCCCGUACCCAAAACCACCAACCAUCUCCUACUCCCUCCUCAAGGCCUCCUACUCCCCUCCCCCCACCGUCCAAUCCCUCCUCUUCCCCGCCCGUCGGCGGCGGCGGCGCUGCAACCCCUCCGCCCCCCGGGCCAUCGCCGCCGUCGGCCUCGAGAGCGCCCAGUCCGUCCUGGAGGCGGCCUCCGUCCUGGCCGCCAUCAUCCUCAUCCACGAGUCCGGUCACUUCCUCGCCGCCAGCCUCCAGGGCAUCCACGUCAGCAAGUUCGCCAUCGGCUUCGGCCCCGUCCUCGCCCGCUUCGUCGCCAACGGCGUCGAGUACUCCCUCCACGCCUUCCCCCUCGGCGGCUUCGUCGGCUUCCCCGACGACGAUCCCGACAGCGACAUCCCCCCCGACGACGGCGACCUCCUCAAGAGCCGCCCCAUCCUCGACCGCUUCCUCGUCAUCUCCGCCGGCGUCGCCGCCAACGUCGUCUUUGCCUACCUCAUCGUCUUCGCCCAGGUCCUCGCCGUCGGCCUCCCCGUCCAGGAGCCCCUCCCCGGCGUGCUCGUCCCCGAGGUCCGCGCCGGCUCCGCCGCCGCCCGCGACGGGAUCCGCCCUGGCGACGUUAUCCUCGGUGUCGAUGGUGCCUCGGCCCCCUCCGUCACGGAGUUCAUCGACCUCAUCAAGAUGAACCCCAAGAGGAAUGUGGCGAUCAAGGUGGCGAGGGAGGGGAUGGAAUCCUUGGAACUCAAUGUCGUCCCCGACGAGAGCGUGGACGGCACCGGGAGGAUCGGGGUCCAGUUGUCACCCAAUUUCAGGCUCUUCAAGGUCCGGCCGAGGAACCUCGCCGAGGCUACGACGCUCGCCGGCAAGGAGUUCUUCGGUUUGACAUCAAGUGUCUUGGAUGGCUUGAAGCAGAUUUUCUUGAAUUUCUCGCAGUCCGCCGGGAAAGUUUCGGGCCCCGUGGCGAUCAUUGCUGUCGGGGCGGAGGUUGCGAGGUCCAGCUCCGAUGGGUUGUUUCAGUUUGCAGCUGUGAUUAAUCUUAACCUUGCGGUGAUCAACCUUCUUCCGCUGCCUGCGCUCGAUGGUGGGUCGUUGGCUCUUCUGCUUGUUGAGGCAGCUAGAGGUGGAAGGAAGAUUCCCCGGGAGGUGGAACAACGAAUUAUGUCAUCUGGGAUAUUGCUGGUUGUUAUGAUCGGGCUCUUCCUCAUUGUCCGUGACACUCUAAAUCUUGAUUUUAUCAAGGAGAUGUUGUGAUUAGAGCUCUGAAUUGAUGAAGGGAUUCAGAAAUCAGAAAAUUGAAAGUUCUAUGGACCGGACAGGAGAGGAGAUUCAAUCUCCUCAGGUAAAACGUUUUCUUCUUCUUUCUUCCUUAAUUUACUUCGAUCUGGCAAAGUAUGCCUCUCACAUCUGUUGUAAAUUAGCAAAAUUAUUCUUUAGUAAAAAAGUGAACUACUUUGUUACACUGGGAAUAAAUUUAUAUAUACCUGCAAUUUGAAGUCAGUUGUUUUAUA